UCAGAACGACGACGAAGAAGAAGGUAAACAGGAAGUGAGACUACCCAGCAGUUUCCUGUUCUUCAUUUAAAAAAAAAAAAGAAAUUCUCUCGUUGAGGUCAAUUUAACUCCAGCUGUGAACUUCGGGGUAACUUGUAAGGUUUUGUUUGUGUGAAAUCUUCCCGCUCUUUCAGUUUUUGGUCGGUUUUUGGAUCGUUUUUCAGCCAUGUUCGGUUCUGGAGGAGAGAUGAGCAAUGCGCAGUUGUUCCAGCAGAUGGCGCUGCUGCGCUGGUUGUCCUCUCAGACCGACGCAGACCGGAGGAUGCUGGCGGCGGUGACAGGUGUCCAGGUCGGGAGAGAGCUGCUCAACCGGAUCACCGGUCAGGACAAAGUGGAUGCUUACAAGAUUGGUUGCACGUGGUAAAGAUGUUGCCAAACAAAGGGAUAUUCAGAAAGCCCUGGAGCUUUUCAAGCUAGCAUACAACAUCCACCAGUCUACAAAAUUACAGAGCAGGAUAAGUAAAAUUGAAGAACUCCUGGCUCAGAAUGAUGAGGAGGAUGAAGAUGAUGAGUUUGUCAAUGUGAAUAACAGCGGUUUAAUGCUGUUUAGAGAACUGCACGACAAACUGUACGACUACCAGAGAGAUGGAGUCUCCUUUCUGUACGGUCUCUACAGAGAUGGUCGUAAAGGGGGGAUUCUUGCUGACGACAUGGGGUUGGGCAAAACCAUCCAAGUUAUAUCGUUCCUCUCUGGCAUGUAUGAUAACGAGCUGGUAAAACAUACGCUGCUCAUCAUGCCAACAUCCCUCAUCACAAACUGGAUCAAGGAGUUUGCCAAAUGGACUCCUGGCAUGAGGGUGAAGGAGUUUCACGGCACCAGCAAGAUAGAGAGGACCAGGAGUUUGGAGAAAGUUCAGAGAAGAAAUGGGGUCAUCAUCACCACGUACACCAUGCUGAUGAACAACUGGCAGCAACUGUCCUCAUACCGAGGAAAGGAGUUCUGUUGGGAUUACGUGAUCCUGGAUGAGGCCCACAAAAUCAAAAACACAUCCACCAAAACAACCAAAAGUGCCUACGCCAUCCCUUCAAAGAACAGAAUUCUGCUGACAGGAACUCCAGUCCAGAACAACCUGAGAGAAAUGUGGACUCUCUUUGACUUUGCUUGCCAAGGUGCUCUCCUGGGGACAGCAAAGACUUUCAAAGCAGAGUACGAGAACCCCAUCACCCGAGCCAGGGAGAAGGAUGCCACCCCAGGAGAAAAGGCUCUCGGGUCACGGAUGUCUGAAAACCUCAUGACGUUAAUAAAGCCCUACUUCCUUCGUAGGACUAAAUCAGAAGUGCAGAAAAUGAGGUUGGUAGACAAAGAAGAACAUUUAGAUAACAGGGACAUUAAAGUCCAGAGUGAUCCAGCAAACUCAGGGGCUGUUAUGCCCAAACUGACACGAAAGAACGACCUGAUUGUCUGGACUUACCUGAGCAGAAUUCAGGAGGACAUUUACACACAGUUCAUUGGCUUAGACCACAUCAAGGAGCUGCUCCUGACGACCAGAUCACCUCUUGCUGAAUUAAACAUCCUAAAAAAGCUGUGUGACCACCCAAGACUCCUUUCUGCCGGUGCCAUUGCAAAGUUAGGCUUGCAGGAAAAUGGAGCAUCAGACUCUCAGAGUGAGAACAUCGAGUCCGACAAUAACAGCAUCGCCAACGUUCCCGAUGAAAACUUAAUAUCAGAGUCAGGGAAACUCGUCUUUCUGCUGGCGCUCCUGGAAAGGCUUAGAGAGGAAGGCCACCGCACGCUCGUCUUUGCUCAUUACAGGAAGGUGCUGGACAUCAUCCAACGCAUCCUCAGCAACAGAGGCUUUAAAGUUCUCAGACUGGAUGGCACAAUAACACAGAUUACUGAGCGAGAGAGACUCAUCUCUCUCUUUCAGAAGGAUAAACGUUACUCCGUCUUCCUCCUCACCACUCAGGUUGGUGGUGUUGGUAUCACCUUGACGGCAGCAGACAGAGUAGUCAUCUACGAUCCCAGCUGGAACCCGGCAACAGAUGCCCAGGCUGUUGACAGGGCGUACCGCAUUGGACAGACUGAAAAUGUCAUCAUCUACCGACUGAUCACCUGCGGCACUGUGGAGGAGAAGAUCUACAGGAGACAGGUUUUCAAAGACUCCCUCAUCAGACAGAACACUGGCGACAAGAAGAACCCGUUUAGGUACUUCAGCAGGCAAGAACUGAGGGAGCUUUUCACCCUGGAGGACACAAGGUCCUCAUCCACACAGCUGCAGCUGCAAGCUAUGCACUCCAGACACCGACGAACCGACCCAGAACUGGAUAAACACAUCGCCCACCUCCACACCAUGGACAUGUUUGGGAUUUCUGAUCAUGACCUCAUGUUCUCCCUGGACGUCAACCACGACGAGGCCCUUGAAAACCAGGAGGAGCACCACUACAUUGAAGGGCGGGUCCAGAAGGCUCAGGAGCUGAUGAAGGCCGAGUCCGAGCUGAAGAUGCAGCUGGUAGAGAGCAUGGCGACCAGCACCGAACCGGCCUGGCUGAGACAGCCACCAGAAACCAGCAGCAGAGAGAAGAAACCAAGAAACCUGAAGACAAGUCCUUCACAUUCUCAGCCUGUUAACCACUUCCACAUGUCACCUGUUGUGGUGGAUUUGGACCAGUCUGCUUCUGGAGAGGACAUCUGUCAGAACCUGCAUAAUGGUUUUGUUGAUCUGACUGCAGAGUCCUCUCCUCAGCAGGACUCAGAGCCUGCUGAUGCUGCAGCAGCUGAUGUCUCCGUUGGAGGACUAAGGGACAAAUCUGAGACGUCUCGGGUUGCUGACUCUUCAGGACGUGAAGACAGUCUGCUGCACAUUACAACAGGAGACAUCAAGGAGAACUUAAAUGGAAGCUCCCGCUCUGAGAUGGACCUGAACCUCAUCCCGAGACAUUCUGUCCUACAACAGUCCAACUGGAGCUUCAAAGCAGAAACGAGCUCUAAACUGGACUCCUUACAUGGAGACUUCAACUUAAAGCUAGAGGACAGCAGCGAUGAUGGUCUGGAGGACAUAGAGACUGAGGAAGAGGAGCAGAAGCUGCUGUCUAAGCUUCAGAUGAAUGGCAGCUUUGACAUUAACAAGUCUCUGUCAGAGAGUCUGUGCAGACAAACCGUCAACAGCUGUCAGGCAUCAGUCAUGGACGAGUCCAUGAAUGAAUCCAUGGUGGUCACCAGGAAGAAGACAGCAGUGCUGAUUUAUGACAGUGAGGAGGAAGAGGAGGAACAACAGAUGAAGGGGCAACUAAGCAACUUCUUCCAGGUGCUUGGAGCCUCCACACCUAAAUCAGCAGCCUCUGGUUCCCCCCAUCAUCGGUCCAGAAGGAGUCUGGGAGGAAAUGCUUCUGUGGUCUCACACCGGUCAUUCAUUCAGUCCAUCAUGGAGGACAUGGACGACCAGGAGGAAGACGAGGGCAGUGAUGGUCCAGUAGUACAGUCUGAGGCAGAAGAGGAGAAAGCCAUCUUUUUAAGCUGUAAUGAGUCUCAGCCAGAGAAGAAGACCGGAGAGAUGGAGGAGGAGGAGGAGGAUGAACAGAAACAUGUUAAGUCAGUGGAGGACAUGAAGUCUAUCUUGGAAGAUGAAGAGGAAAAGAAAAUGGAGUCAGAGGACGAUGUUUCAGAGUUGUACUCUGAACAAGAAGAAGAAGAAGAGGAGGUCAUCGGUUCAACUAGUGACGAGCUUCAGCUGGAGGAAACCAGGGAGGAAGACUCAGCAAACAUUACACCUGCAGAGGACAUGAAGUUAAUCCUGGAUGAGAACAAGGACAGUGAGGAGAAAGAGGAGCAGGACAUGAGCGUCAGCCUGGAGGAGUCGACCGGAGAGCCUGAGCUGGCUUCUGGAGAGAGGAUGGAUCAGUGCACCGUGGAGGCUGGAGGGGAGCUGAGUCUGGAGUCUGAGAGCUACGAGUCUCUGGUCAGCAGAGGGAGGGAGUGCUACAGCCAGGCCAAGCUGGACCAGGCCCUGGACCUCUUCCUGAGAGCCAUCGACAUCAAACCAGGAGAUCCUGAAGUUCAGUUCCUGACCAUCCAGCUGUACCGGCAGCUGAGUCAGAGACCAUGAGAAGGUUCGCAGGUUUCCUCUGAGCCUGAAGCUCGGUGCUUCAGACGGACAGAAACACGACAGGACGCUCGCUCUGGGACAAGUUCCUCACCAUCUUUCUUCUCUAAUGAUUCAAGUAAAAACGUAGAUUUCUGUCUUUGCACGUGUACACGUUAGAGAACCUGCUAUGGUAAAAGCUUCUUUUGUUAAACAAGAUAAAAUAACAUUGUAACAAAAUCACUUUUAUUCCCUUUUAUCACAAUUAUUUCAGAAA